GUUUCCUCCCCUUCAAGUGGAGGGAAGAAGAAUCCAAGAAAAAAUGGAGACAACUUUUGAAACAUUCCACUCUAACCUAUUAAUUAUGAACUUGUAUGCAUAUAUAAUAGCUUCCAUUCAUGGAAUCUGAAGACUAAUAAUAAUAAUAACAAUCAAACAUUGAGUUCUCCAUAAUUAGGUGCAGAGAAAGAAAGAAAGAAAAUGGCAGAGAUUGUCCUCAGUAUUGUGGUGGAGGAAGCAAUAGCCAGGGUGCUUUCACUUGUCACAGAAGAAAUCAAACUAGUAUGGGGCCUUGAUCAAGAACUCAUUCGCCUCCAAGACUCACUAGUCAUGAUACGUGAUCUGUUGCAAGAUGCAGAGGAGCAACAAGCCAAAAACAUGAGCUUCAGGCGUUGGCUAAACAAGUUUAAGGAUGUGGCCUAUGAAGUUGAAGAUGUUCUUGAUGAGUCUGCCUAUGAACUUCUUCGACGAAAAGUGGAGAUCAAUAACAUGGGCGAUACAAAGUUGUCAUUAUCAGAAAGAGCUAGGAUGAGAAAAUUUCAUUGGCAAAUGGGCCACAAGGUGAAGAACGUAAAUCGGUCUCUGGACAACAUUAAGAAUGAAGCCUUGGAUUUUAAGCUUAAAAUUAUAUCUGUAGAUAGAAAAAUCAGUCUGAAACAUGUGACAGACUCGAUAAUUGACCACCCAAUUGUAGGAAGGCAAGCACAUGUGACUGAGAUUGUGAACCUGUUGUCUAGCUCCUGUGAUCAACGUCUCAAUGUUGUUCCAAUUGUAGGCAUGGCUGGUCUUGGAAAGACAGCAAUAGCUAAACUAGUGUGUCAAGAAGCAAUGGCGAGAAAACUUUUUGAUGUUAAAAUGUGGGUUUGUGUUUCUAAUCAUUUUGAUGACCAGAAAAUUCUUGGAGAAAUGUUACAGACUUUGAAUGAAAAUGCUGGAGGGAUAACAAAUAAAGAUGCAAUUCGUGAACAUCUCGGAAAGCAGCUAGAAAGUAAGAAAUAUCUUCUUGUACUUGAUGAUGUGUGGAACCGAGAUUCUGAGUUAUGGAGCAGUUUAAUGAAGCGUUUGUCGGAUAUCAGCACAAACAAUGGCAACGCCAUUGUUGUUACAACUCGCAGUGAGGAAGUAGCGUCCAUGCCCACAGUGAUGCCUUCUCCUCAAAGUUUGUUUAAACCGGAGCUGUUGUCAAAUGAUGAAUGUUGGUCAAUAAUCAAAGAAAGAGUGUGUGGUCGUAGAGGAGUAGAACUUGGUGCUGAGUUAGAGGCCAUCGGAAAAGAGAUUGCAGAGAAAUGCAGAGGUGUGCCAUUAGCUGCGAGAGUUCUAGGUGGAACAAUGAGCCGCGGCAUUGGGGUAAAAGAAUGGUCAGCAAUUAGGAGUGACAGAGUUCUGAAUGCAUCAAAAAAUGAGGUCAGCGUUGUUUCUGUAUUAAGUUCAAGUUUCGAUCGGUUACCUUUCUAUUUGAACCCAUGUUUUACAUAUUGUGCCAUUUUUCCUAAAAGUUGUUCAAUCUUGAAAGAAGAACUGAUUCAGCUUUGGACGGCUGAAGGGCUUCUUGGACUAGAUGAUGAUGUUGAAGAAAAGGGUAACAAGUAUUUCAAUGAACUGCUUCUUGAUUCCUUUUUUCAAGAUGCAGGAAGGGAUGAAUUCGGAAAUAUCACAAGUUUCAAGAUGCACGAUCUAGUUCAUGAUCUUGCUUUGUCUCUUUCCAAGUUUGAGACAAUGACUUCAGAAACUUAUUUCAAUAAUGUAGAUGAUACAUCUCAUAUUCAUCAUCUUAACCUCAUUUCCAGUGGGAAUCCAGCGCCAGUACUGUCGUUCCCGAAACGUAAAGCUAAAAAUCUGCAUUCUCUGUUGGCAAUGGAUAUUGUCCUUUACAAGUCAUGGAAGUUCAAAAGCUUGAGAAUUUUGAAGUUGAUUGGUCCUGAUAUUAAAGAUUUGCCAACUUCAAUUGGCAAGUUGAAACAUUUGAGACAUCUUGAUGUCUCAAAUACUGAAAUCAAACUGUUGCCUGAAUCCCUCACCAUGCUUUACAAUUUGCAAACACUAGUGCUUAAGGGUUGCAAAUUACUUGAAAAGGUUCCCCAAAAUUUUAAAGAUUUGGUGAGCUUAAGACAUCUUUAUUUUUCUUAUGAGAACCAAAUGCCUGCCGAGGUGGGGCGCCUAACACAUCUUCAAACACUGCCCUUUUUUUCCGUGGGUCCACAUCUCGGCGGCAGCAUUCAGGAACUAGAGUGCUUGAAGGAACUAAGAGGAGAAUUGUCGAUAACAAAUCUUGAGAAGGUAAGAGAAAGAUCGGAAGCUGAGAAAGCAAAACUCCGUGAGAAAAAGAAAAUAUAUGCGAUGCGAUUUCUAUGGUCUCCGAAAAGAGAGAGCAGCAACGAUGAUGAGGAAGUGUUGGAAGGUCUGCAGCCCCACGGAGAGAUAAAAUGCUUAGAGAUUGAAAAUUAUUUGGGUGAAAAACUCCCAUCAUGGUUGUUUAGGAUGAUGGUUCCUUGUGAUUAUGAUGAUGGUUCUUGCUUGUUCAAGAAUUUAGUGAAGCUGAAACUGAAACGCUGCAGAAGAUGUCAAGUCCCGACACUUGGGCAUCUUCCUCAUCUUAGAUCACUUCUGAUAUCUGCAAUGGACAGUGUCAGAUGUCUAGGCAAUGAGUUUUUCGGUAGUGAUGGUGGAAGCUCGAGCAGUGGAAGGACAGUCUUGUUUGUGGCAUUAAAAACAUUCGGAAUACUAGUUAUGAAUGGUUUAAGGGAGUGGAAUGUACCAAUAGACACAGUUGUCUUUCCUCACCUUGAACUCUUGGCCAUUAUGAACUGUCCUUGGUUGACAAGCAUCCCAAUUAGUCAUUUUUCUUCACUUGUCAGAUUGGAAAUCUAUAAUUGUGAACGAUUCAGUUCCUUAUCAUUUGACCAAGAACACCCCUUAACAUCUCUGGCAUGUUUAGAGAUUGUUAACUGUUUUGAAUUGGCAUUCAUUGGAAGCUUACAAGGCCUUAAUUCUCUUCGAAAAUUAUGGAUCAAAGACUGCCCCAACUUAGAGGUUCUUCCAACAGGGCUUCAAUCCUGCACAUCCCUGCGCGGCUUGUAUUUAAUGAGUUGCUACGGGCUGAAAUCUGUUCCCCAAGAUUUAUGUGAAUUGCCUUCUCUUGUUAACUUAGGAAUAUUCGACUGUCCGUUUGUGAUUAAUUUUCCAGGGGAAAUAUUCCGCAGCCUCACCCAACUGAAAGCAUUAGGAUUCGGCCCUGUCUUGCCCUUCCAGGAAUUGAGUUCUAUCAAACACCUUACUUCCUUUACUAAUUUGAAAAUAAAAGGUCACCCUGAAGAGCACGAUCUGCCAGAUGAAAUCCAAUGCCUCACUGCCCUCAGGGAUUUGUACAUAAGCGAAUUCCAUUUGAUGGCAGCUUUGCCGGAGUGGUUGGGCUACCUUUCUUCUCUUGAGCACCUUAAUAUAACCAACUGUUGGUUCUUGGAGUACUUACCUACAGCUACAACCAUGCAACGUCUCUCCAGAUUAAGCAAGCUAGAGAUUUCUGCAUGUCCUAUUCUCAGCAAAAAUUGCACCAAAGGAAGUGGCUCUGAGUGGUCAAAGAUUUCUCAUAUUCCUGAAAUCAUCAUCAACAAAGUUAAUGUGAAAUCAAAUGUUUCCUAGACGGUGCAGAAAAAUAUAAUAUUGACUUCAGUUCAAUGAUUCGAUUGAUCAUCUGCUCCUCACAAGUUUAAUAAGGUUAAGGUGGUCUUCCGGUGAUUGAUCCGAUGAUAUCUGAUGAACGAUGCCACUGUUCUUUGUUGGUCUGCUUCAAAAUCAUUAAGGGUUCGGUUUACAGAUCGGCUGCACUUGCUGUUAUUAUGUCUUUGGAAUUGGAUGACAUCUGUGGGUUUCUUUUGGAUUCUGGAUUCUGGUUCCUUUAUUCUUAAGGUUAUGAUGGCUGAAUUAGUUUUCAGUUUUCACCAUGAUACUUUAGUGUCGAAAGUUGUAA